UCACCUGUUGCGACGGCAAUAUUGCAUGCGCAGUAAGCUUUCAGGAGUCACAAAAAAUAGCGGCCACCUGCAUUUCGAGAAUCUUAUACAAUUUUACCCUUUCUCAAGCUUUGUGAUUUCAAUCUUGUGAGAGAUGGCGAUUAAGUUUUUAUGUGUGGAAGCGGCAUUGAUGUGCUGGCUGUCUCUCGGCGCUGCACAGUUGCCGCAUUCUGGUUGCACCUUCACAUCGGAAGGCCUGCUGAGCUGCAGUGUCGUGGAUAUUGUCAUUCCCACCAAUUUCGAUGUGAACCGCAUCCCGAUGUCCACGCAGAAACUGGUUAUCGGCGUGGAUCAAGAUCUGGAAGAAGUGAUCAUGAGUGCGCGGACCACUCCCCUGCCAGCCAGCCUGGGGGCGCUGCGCGAGGUGACACUUUACGGCGUCAACAGCUAUUCCGACGACGUCAAUCAGGCCGGAGUGGCGAUCCCCUUUCUGUCCAACGUCCGCGGCAAUUUAACGUACCUCAAUCUGAAAUACUCGUUUAUGGGAAAUUUAAGCGCAGAGGCGUUCCAAGGAUUCGCCCGGCUGGAGCGGUUGAGCUUGAAGACCUGCCAAAUUCAGACCGUGGAUGUACGAGCGCUGAGUGGGUUGGCAUCGUUGCGGGAGAUCGAUUUGUCGGGCAAUCUGCUGGUCACGUUUGACUGGGCGGCUUUUGAACCGGUAGCAAACAUUCUUGAGCACAUCGAAAUCACCGGAAUUACCUCUCUGAAAACCUUAACAAAUAGCCGCACCUUCACUUUCAACAACCCGAUCUCCCGCCUUCACAUCGACGGAUGGCUCCUGGACUUCCCAUCCAAAACCGUCUUGGACACCAUUUCCAGCAAUGCUACGUCGCGCAUCUACUUGAUGUCCCCUCGAUUCUGUUGGGCGGAUCCACAGAUAUCCUGCUCGUGCUGUCAGGCCAAGGACACCGUCAACUGGGUCCACCGGCUGAUGCAGGGUGCCACGCGUCCCGAUAUUUUCCACCUGUACUGCGGGGGGCGCUCGUGGCAAGCCAACGCCACGACAGCGGAUCUGCCGGAUGGCAAUCAGUACGGUUGCUGUGUGAAUGAUACUGUGAGCAACUGUAUCACGAGCCUGGUGCCCACGAAACCGACCUCCGCGACGACGGCAGCGCCGACGAGUGGAACAACGCUGAACACGACUAAGCCGACGGAUGCGACUAACCCGGGCGGUGCGGCGGCCAGUCAGAGAGCCGCAAGCGGAAUCGUGCUGCUUUUUAGUGUGAUGUCUAUGAUUAAGUGUGGGUUAUUCGGGCAAAAUUAAUUUCCGCAUGAUGACCUGCAUCAACGCCCUGCGUUUUUAAUAAAUCACAACUCUUUUUAAUAUAUAUUUUGGAGCAUAUCUACUUUCACAAUGAUUUUGAUUGAGUUUUAAAUAAACCGCUGCGCCUUGUUACGGUGGGUGCGGUCUGAAAGGUGUGCUACAGAAUUAGUUUUGGGUUUUGGAAAGUGAUUAUUUAUUACCAAAGUAAAACCGAUCGCAGUA